AUGAGCCCAACUACACAUGAUGGCAGCUACGCCCAAGCGCUUGCUGCAAUGGUCACUGCUAUUGACCAAAGCCGGCGGGGUCUGUUGGCUUUUGGCUCUCUUGAUCAAUCCCGCGGCGAGAUUUCCUUACCACAACUCCUUCUUGCUCUCGCCAACCUCUUACCCCGACACUCUGAAGAGAAUAUCUCCAUAACUGCCUGGCACAGUCAAGAGCAAUUUGCACUCUUCGUUUGCAGUUCUGAUGCCAGUCUCAACCAAUCCGAACUUCAACAAUAUCUGUCUGUCCUUUGGUCGACGCUUCGACUGUUGGCAGAGGAAUUCAAGGUGUCGAAGGCCCAUGUGAAAGAAAAGUUCAGCAAAAAUAAAGAAGUAAACGCGAAGACGGAUCCGUACGAUGCGGAGCUCAGGGCUAAAGAUCGCACUCUUCGCGCAGUGCUAUCAAAGCUGGUGUACGGUUGGUCCUUACACCGCUUUCAGCACAAAAUAGAUCAGGGCAGGAAGGAUUUCCAAGGCUUCAUCGCCUUUACUAACAACAAAGCAGACAAAGAGGAUCCUGAAUGUUGCUCGAAGAUGCGUGAAUUUGCCGACAAGUUGCACCGAUUGUGGCAAUGCGAGGCAAGCGACACGUCCAUGAUUGAUCCCUCCACUGGGGAAGAGCUUUUUCCAUACUUCAUCAUCUCCGAUGUUCUACUUUUGCAAGAAGACCCUUGGUACAAGCGGCUUGUAAUGCCUCUAGUUUGGCCAGAUAAUCCAUCAAAAUUUGACCUAUCCUCUUACUUGUCCAAGGUCGCUUCAAUAAACGCAGCCAUCGAUCUGGCCUGCCGGGUCGCUCAAAGAAAGGAAUGUCGCGCCGUCCUUCAGGGGGGUUUCUCUAUUACUCUGUGUGCUUCGACUGUGAACCUUCCCGGCCAGUUGCCGAAGAACAGCGAGGAAUGGGGAAGGUUUCUUACCUGGUUUACUCAGCACCAGAACAUCAGAUUCUCGAACAGUGAAGAUGCCGAUUUGUUGUCCCAAGUCGGCUCUGAACCUGCUCCAUACGAGUCUGAGCUCAGACUCCUUACCUUCAUGUAUGACCACAUUUUGCCACCACAGGUGGGCAUCUCAGGCAAUCGGAAACUGUGGAUUGCUACCAGCAGCCGUCCGUGCUUCGCCUGUGGCAAGUCCGUCGAAGUGCCCGGAUGGCGAAGGGGAAGACAGUUUGCCUACUGCUGGGAGCUCACAGACAAGACGCUCGAAAGCGAGCUCAUCACACGGAUCGUCCGCUGGUUCAACCGUCUUAGUAUAGUGCACGAGGUCGAGACUUCCUAG